CUCAUUUUUUCCUUCCAGUGUGACAUGUGAAAAGAAGAAAAGAAAAGCCCCCGUGCGUCGUGUGUGUUUGAGUUUUCGUUUUUGUUUUUCACUUUUUACCUCCACUUUGUUUGCUGCUGCUGCUGUUCUUACCAAACGAUGCGGGAUCGCAAUUUAAUUGGGUUCCUUUCCGUCUUCUUUUCCAUCACUUUGGGUUUGCUCAUUUUUUAAAAUUUUUCGUUUGUUGUUUUGGUCGAUGAAUUCGUUCAACGAGACUUGCUAAAGGGCUUGCCCACAGACUUGUAAGUGGCCAUAGAAAAUGGGCGCCAAUUGAUGAUCAAAAUUGAGCUCCUAUAUAUAAACACGAGCAUUUUUGAUGAUGCGCGCGCCUCUUCGUCUCUCCUAACGACUGGGUACAACGAUCCUAUAAAUAGGAGCGGUUCCAGAGGACCUGUUUUUUUUCUUUUCGUUUUUUUCACAACGGGCAAAAAAGGCGACUCUGCUAGUUGUCACGUGACCGGAGAUCCCAGCCAACGAAACAAUUACUUAACAUAUUAUUUUAUUUUUCUCUCCCGACUCUCUUUUUAUUUCUCGCAUUUUGUUGUGUGUGUCGGGAAUGUCGAGAUGAUUAAAAAGUCCAUCUUGCAGUGGGUCUUACCCUUUUUUGUUUUCAUAGUUUGUCUGCAGGCCAACAGCAUCUCGGCCGAAGAGGAAUGCAUAAAUCGUUCCGGCCGCACAAUUUUGUGUUACGAUUGCGACAGUUAUCAUAAUCCUCUUUGCAAACAUAUCAAUGAAUCUGCUCCGGCCAAUGAACAGCCUCCGUUCAAGACGUGCAAAGGAUGUUGCGUCAAAAUAGUUGAACACCGCUAUUCUCCCAAGGAACGCGUGAGGAGGAUGUGCACGGAGCAGCUGAUUGUCAACUACUUUAUCGUCGAUCACGUUUGUUUGAAGGAAGGAAACAAACGCAAGGGAAUGACUUGUUUUUGCGAAGAGGAUUUUUGCAAUUCGGCGAUCUCAACACAAAGGCAUCAACGUCGCGAUCUCUUCUGGUGCUUGGGCAUCGUCGCUGUUAUCCACCUCAUUUUAGAAGAAUGGGCCAUCUUGCGAUGGUGGUGACGAUUUUUUUCGCUUCAUCAAUUUUUGCCGUCACGUUUCUCUUUUGCAUAUGAUUUGAAAUGCCACCCAACUAAAGGAAAAUACCCGCCAUCUAUCCGCGUAACAUCGUUAGACGAAAGCCUUUAAGCGCUCAAAAAAAAAAAAAAAGACACAAAAAUUCCGGACAAAUGGCUUUGUACGUUCGGCUUUACCCACCUCUUUCUCUAAAAAAAAAUUCUCAUUUUUUAUAAAAAUUCAAAGUAGAGAAGAUGAAAAACAAAAAGUUCGUGUGUGCACCGUCAAGAAUCAGUCGCCAAGCAAACAAUCACGCCCAGCUGAUCACCAUUUUUUCCUUUCUCUAUUUGUCCGUUUUCAAUAGCAAUUUUUAUGGCUGCAAGAUCAAUAAUCUUUUGAAUCUUUUUUAUUAUUUUUUUGUGUGUCCAUUUCAUUUUUGUGUUGUCGUUCUACCCAUUUAACAAGCCACAUUUUAAACCGGCUCGUCAUUCAAAAACCAUCAAAUACAUGCUAACGAUAACUCUGA